AUGGCAACCCGCUCCCGGACUUCCUCUCAAGCCCAGUCCCCUUUCGAUCCGAGAGACCUGGGACCCCGACUUCCGACAACCGCCCCUAUCGAACUUGGGGAAGUCUCCCUUGAGCGGGUUACCCGCCUCCUCCUUGGACUCCUCAGCCAAGUCGAGAACCUCAAAAGGAAGCUCGAGGAAGUCAAAGAAACUGGGAUCGAAACCCAAACCAACGUCGAGAACAUAUCUCAAACCGUCGAUGUUGUCAAGGAUGGGCUUCAAAGCCUCCAGCUCCAUGGUCCAAGGACCCCAGAAACCAAGCCCCCGGUUGUGGAAGCAACGCCACAACCCCUACCAAAAACCGAGCCUAUUGGAUUGGUUAGUGGCCCCUCCUUCUGGCCCAAGCAACCAAAAGGGCUUCCCAGCUUUGCCCAGCCAGCCCCCCAGAGGGCCAUACCCCCGCGAGUCCCUUCUCCCCCUCCAUCUCCGCGUCUCCGAUCCCCCAUCGGAGCAUCUGCCCCUCUCCCUCCGGCUCCAGUUGCCGCCUAUCCAGCCCCGGUCAAAGUAGACCACCCAGAUGCCUAUACAGGCAAGAUUGGGAGUGAAGCCAAGCAAUGGCUCACAAGGAUGCUGGCAUGGACCCGGCUCAAUGCGCGUAUGUUUCCCAUGGACCAAGAAGUCCUGUCCUUCCUCCUAAUGAAUAUGAAGGAUUCUGCGGGAGCAUGGGCGCACCCUCACCUUGACCAGCUUGGGUCACACCGGGCUAUCAUCCAAACGGUCAAGGGAUUCAAAUUGGAGUUCCUGGCAGCAUUCGGCGACCCUGACGCCACAAGGGCCGCCGAGCGGAAGAUCACCACCCUUACCCAGUCCGGCACAUGCGCGGACUACAUCACAAAGUUCAGAACCUUAGCCAUGGAACUGGACUGGAACGACGCGGCCCUCCAAGGCCAGUUUGCCCGCGGCCUCCACUGGGAGGUCAGCCGCCAAAUUGCUACCCGCAAACAUCGCCCCCGAACACUCCUCGAGCUGCAAAACGCAGCACUUGUUAUUGACAACGCUCUCCAAGAAGAGCGUGCUAGCCACCCGCCAAGGGAUAAUAAUACCGGUUCGAAGAAACUCUCCGACGACCCCAAUUUCGUGUCGGAGGAGGAAAGGAAUCGCCGCCGCGCCGCUGGCGCCUGCAUCAAGUGCGGCAAAAUGGGCCACAAGUUCGCGGAAUGCCGCACGGGCUGGAAGGCUACCCCUACUGAGGACAAAGGGAAAGCCAAGGAAACCGCCAAGAUUGGCGAAGACUCCGAGUACCAAUCGGGAAAAGAGUAA